GCGGCUCUCUCGCAGGGCUGACCCUGAGGCGGUGCGGCGCAUGCGCAUGCGCGGGGCGGUGACGCACGAGCCGACGAUAGGGCGCAUGCUCAAUAGCUCGGAGGCGGUGGAAGCGGAUUUGUUCCUGGCGCUGGUGGCCGGAUGCUGUCGGUAGCGAGCGCCGAGCGCGUCUCUUCACUGCGAGAGACCUGCUCAGGCGCUCGACUCCGGCUGCCUCGCAGCUCCGCUCCCGCGACGCGCCCUGGUCUGUGGCGGGCUCGAGAACCCGCCCAGCUCUUCCGUUCCCGCCUGUAACGAUAUAACGGGGGGGGAGGGGCGCUCCGCCAUCCCCGGGGUUGUAAGGCGUGGGGAGGGGGCCGGGAGGGUCUGGGGGCAACGAGCUGCGUGUGCCUGCUGGGGGCUCCCCUGUAUGUUGGGCGGGGGACACCAGUGCAGCCUCCGUGUGGGUGGGGAGUGCCCCAUGGCCAGCUCCCCGCGCGGGCGGGUGGUUUGAGGGGUCGCGUUAGAGAGUGAGAGCCCUUGGCCAAAGGGUGCCAUGCACACGUAAGAUCCUCGCCCUUACGUCGGCGGCCGGCUGUGCUGGCGAGGGGGCUCGCUUUGCACGUGUUUUGCCGUCACCCCUGUGUAAUAUCGGCUAUGGCGGCUGCUCUCCUGAAGCUGCUCCCCCUAGACCCAGGGGACGAAGGCACACAAAGAUGCAGGAUGGGACCUGCCACGUUAUCCUCUCUGGGAGCCAGGCUCGGGUCCCCACUUAGGAUCACGGUUCCUGGGGGCUGCUGUUUGUGCACCGCCUGGCCCAGAAAUGAUUUGGCUGAUGGUUACCUGCAGCUUGAUCUGAAAUGCAAAACUUCAGGUUUAGCCGCAAGCAAGUUGAAAGGUCUCACGCUGAGUGUCAGUCACUUGAGGCUUUUGGCCUGCCCCCGGUUGAGAAAAGUAACAGUGAAAGUGGUCCUUAAGAACCUUACUGUGAAAAAAUCCACCCCAGAAGGAACACUACAGGAGAUAGUCAAAGAACUGCUGAGAAAUGUGUAUGUUUCUCUUCACCAUGUUGUUACUGCUUCCCCAAUUCCUGGAAAUCCAGUGAUGUGUGUUGAAAUACUGGCUGUAGAUCCUUUGACAGAACAGGCUGGCCUGAUAGCUCCCAAAACUAACAUAAACAUUAAGGAAGUAGUCACUUUAGAAUGGUACAGACACUUGUCAAAGGACACUGCAAAAAUUUCAGUUGCAGGAAUGGAUGAUUUGGGCAGCUCUUUGAAAGAGAUGAUUGUUUUGCCUUUACAUUUUCCCAAAACCUUCAAGAAGUUGGGUCUUUCUGUCCGUAGUGGAGUACUGUUGGUGGGUCCUCCAGGUGUGGGGAAGACUCUUCUCAUAAAGGCAGUUGCAAGGGAAGUGGGGGCAUAUUUGCUUUGUGUCAAUGGUCCAGCUAUAUAUGGCUCAAGGCCUGGAGAAAGUGAAGAGAACUUGCGAAGAGUUUUUGAACAAGGCAGGGAAUUGUCCAGUGAGGGACCAACCGUUCUCUUUAUUGAUGAAAUUGACUCUUUGUGCCCUAAACGGGGAAGUUCAAACAGCAGCUCUGAAAAUCGUAUUGUUGCUCAAUUGUUAACUCUUAUGGACGGCAUAGGCAGUGAAAAUGAGAUGGUCAUCAUGGCAGCAACAAAUAGGCCCGAUGCUUUAGAUCCUGCACUGAGGAGGCAUGGUAGAUUUGACCGAGAGGUUAUCAUUGGGACACCAACACUUAAACAGAGGAGGUCUAUUCUACAGUUGAUUACUUCUAAUAUGCCUAUUUCGACUGAUGUUGAUUUGAUUAACCUAGCAGAAAUGACAACUGGAUAUGUUGGAGCUGAUCUUACAGCACUCUGCAGAGAAGCUGCUAUGCAGGCUGUUCUCCACAGCUGUUUGGAUUCAGUUCACAUGUUGAUUAACAUGGCAGACUUCCAUGAAGCUUUUAAAAAAAUUCAGCCAUCUUCCUUUCGAAGCAGUGUUGGACUAACUGACUUUAAACCUGUUACGUGGGAACAAAUUGGUGGUCUUGAAGAUGUAAAAUUAAAGUUAAAACAGAGUAUUGAGUGGCCUAUGAAGUUUCCUCAGGCUUUUGUGAGAAUGGGACUGUCUCAGCCAAAGGGUAUUCUCCUAUAUGGGCCACCAGGAUGUGCCAAAACCACUCUGGUGAAGGCUGUGGCCACAAGCUGCCACUGUUCUUUUCUUUCUGUUAGUGGUGCUGAUCUUUUUUCACCUUACGUUGGAGAGUCAGAGAAGAUUUUGUCUCAGGUUUUUCGCCAAGCAAGAGCACAUACUCCAGCAAUAAUAUUCCUGGAUGAGAUUGAUUCUAUCCUAGGAUCUCGAUCAGCCUGCAAAACUGGACAUGGUGCCCCAGAGAAGGUUCUUUCUGUCCUUCUUAAUGAAUUAGAUGGUGUUGGCGUUAAAGUCACAGAGAGAAGAGGAAAUAAAUUACAGCUUGAAGGUGAUCGUCAAGAACAAAACGAAAAGGAGAGACAGGUAGAGUUUCAGGAAGUUUUGAACAAAGAUGUCAUGAUAGUUGCUGCAACAAAUAGACCAGACAAGUUGGAUGAUGCCUUGUUGCGCCCUGGAAGGUUAGACAAGAUCAUCUAUAUUCCACCUCCAGAUCAGAAGGGAAGGCUUUCUAUUUUGAAAAUUUGCACAGAAAAAAUCCCAAUAGAUUCUGAUGUGUCGUUAGAAUACCUAGCAGUUCAAACCAAACUCUUUUCUGGAGCUGAUAUUGAAAAUCUCUGCAAGGAGGCUGCUUUGCAGGCAUUACAAGAGAAUGGACUUGAAGCAACUUGGGUGAAACAUGAGCAUUUUGUAAAAUCACUGAAGACUAUAAAACCAUCAGUAACCCUCACAGAUUUGGAUUUUUAUGAAAAAUUAUUUAAUAAGAAAGUAUCCUCUUAAAUCAGAAAAAUCUGAAGAAUGACAUGCAAAAAUUGGUGUUUUUUAUAUAAUCUUUUAUAAAUGCAUAAUUUUUUAUAACAAUUCUUCUAAAAUUGUUAUAAAAAAACAAAGGGCAGAGAAGUUUUAUAGUACCCAUUUUUCCUUCCUUACAGUAUAUAAAGAAGGAUUGAAAGGCUUUAUAUAUAUUCAUUCUGCUGGUUUUUGACAUUGAAGUAUUAAGCAUGGUCUUCCAUGAGACCUUCUACCUCUGAGUCCCAGUCAGUCAGCGUUUCUGUGAGCCAGAAUGCGACUCUUAAGACCAGUACCAGUAAGAGGUCUGACACAGUCUGAGAGGCCAUCCACAACAGCCAGAAAUCUUUGAGGAUUUGCACUGUAUAUUGAAAGCUGCCUUUAACUGAAGGCACAAGAGUAUUAAAUCUUUAAUGAAGAUUCAUUUUCUCCAAUCCAUUGGAUGAUUGAAUUAAGUAGGUGUUAACAAAAUUAAAUUUUUAAACAGUCUGAAUAAAAGUCACUUCUCAUCUCAGUAAGAUUUUUACUACUUUUAUACUGUAAUAUUGUCAUGAUCCUACUAGCUCCCAGUGGUCCACAGAAUAGUCUAAACUAGACAAGAACUAAAUAGUGCAAAGAAGAAAGCUUUUAGAAAAAAUGACCUUUCGUGCCGUGCCACAUUUAUACUUUAUGAAGAAAUAAAAAGGGGCAUAAAUUACUUUUUUUUCAUGCUGUUCACCUUUUACACAAGGCUAUAUUUGCAUUAAUCAUUUGAAGCAUAGAUUUUUCCCUAGGGACUGCAACUUUCAUUAUCUUGUGUGUGUACUGCUUUUUAAUAUUGCAUUAUAAUUUUCUGGUUUUGUAUGUAAUAAAGCAAAUUUUCACUUGUUCUAGAUUACAAAAAUCUUUCACGUUAAAGGAAAAAUAAAAGUUAAAAUCUUGUUUGCUUUAAAUAUAAUAGUCUUUUAAAAGUA